ACCAAUCUCUGUCUAGACCAAUAACAUCUCCUCCAUUUCCCAACUCUUAGAUAGAGAAAGACUGAUGGAAAUGGCUCCUCUUACAAACCCAAAAUACCAGCUCUUGUCAGCAUUCCAUUUCCUUCUUCUCCUUCAGACCAAAGUCCUCUGCAUUCAAUACAAGGUAGGAGAUUUGGAUGCAUGGGGAAUGCCCACUUCCUCGAAUCGGCAAAUCUACACCAACUGGUCCAAGAAACACAACUUCCAGAUUGGAGACUCUCUCAUGUUUCUUUAUCCACCUAGCCAAGAUUCUGUAAUUCAAGUGACAGAGCAAGCUUUCAGUGCCUGCAACAUAUCAGAUCCCAUUCUGCACAUGGAUGAUGGCAAUUCGGUUUUUAAUAUUACUUCAUUAGGGAAGUUUUAUUUCACCAGUGGAGCACCUGGGCAUUGCGAAGAGUCACAGAAGCUUGAAGUUUCUGUGUUUCCCACAAAUGGUUCUUUCUCUCCCUCAUAUGCACCCACCAUGCUGCCUGCAAAUUCACCUUCUUACUCUAACGUCUUCGGCUCAAUCCCGGCAUCUUCAGCUAUGUUACAUAGCAUUUCGAGUUUGGUUACAAUUGCUAUCGGAUCAGCUAUGAUUAUACUACUCAGCUGCAUUUAGAGAUAUUACUAUUGGAUCUGCGAUGAUUAUACUACUCCGCUGCAUUUAGAGAGAAUUCAGAGAACGUCAGAUCUGAUUGGGCAGUUCUACGAACUUGAAGAGUAUAUAUAGGAAAUUGAGGCUGUUUUGGUGAUUAUUUUCAUGAUGUUGUAUUUCGUAGGUGAACGGUCGUGUUAUUCUUUUCUUAGUUUAAGAUAAUAAGAGAUGUUUAUUCGAAAAAAGAGACAUGUUUAUUGCUUGUUUAUGUGCUAUCACUUUGGAAGAUGAGAGAAAGCUCGAAAGAGAUAGAACUUCGAAAUUACAAAUUCAGACAAAGCCAUCUCUUUCCUUGUUCC